AUGGACAACGCCACUGAUGGCUAUUUCGUCAAGAUCAGUGAUUUUGGUUUGGCUAAAAUUCGCCAGGAAACAAGUCAGCAGACGACUGACAGCGAUAAACAACGAAUAGUGGGAGGCACGCUUCAAUGGAAAGCACCUGAACUGCUGAGAUUCGGCAAACCAUCUAAAGCAAGCGAUAUCUAUAGCUUGGGUGUCGUGUUUUGGGAAUUAGCUACUGGAUGUGUGCCCUAUGAGGAGUUGGACGAAGCAACCAUUAGUCAAGGUGUCAAAGCAGGAGAACGACUUGAAAUUCCUAAUGAUGUUCCGUCUACUUUUGCGUCAAUUAUCUCGAAUGCAUGGAGUCAAGAACCGAGCAAGCGACCGACUGCUCAACAGCUUAUCGAACAGAUUAUAACUAUUUCACCUGCUACAAAGGAGACACCGAUGAUAUCAAAGUUUUCUCCAACACCAGUUCUGCCAAAUGCCAGCAGUUCGACCAUGCUCGCCAACUAUUCGAUAGAGUCUGCAGCUGUUCCAGUGACAGAUACUUCAAACAAAGGUAUGUAA